AUGGCAAAGAGUAGGGUUCUUGUCGUGGGUGGAACUGGUUACAUUGGUAAGAGAAUUAUUAAUGCUAGCUUAGCCGAGGGUCAUCCAACUUAUGUCCUACGACGCUCAGAAAUUGGCCUCGAUAUCGAUAAAUUGCAGAUAUUAUUAUCGUUUAAACAGAAGGGAGCACGACUCGUGGAUGGCUCAUUUUUCGACCACCGAAGCCUUGUGGAUGCUGUGAAACAAGUCGAUGUUGUCAUAUGUACCAUGUCUGGGGUGCACUUCCGGAGCCACAAUCUUUUGAUGCAGCUCAAAUUGGUUGAAGCCAUCAAAGAAGCUGGAAAUAUCAAGCGUUUCUUGCCUUCAGAGUUUGGCGUUGAUCCAGCACAAAUGGAACGUGCACUUGAACCAGGAAGAGUUACAUUUGACGAAAAGAUGACAGUUAGAAAGGCAAUUGAAGCUGCUAACAUCCCUUAUACAUAUAUUUCUGCUAACUGUUUCGGAGGAUACUUUGCUGGUAAUCUCUGUCAGAUGAGAACCCUACUUCCUCCAAAGGACAAAGUAUACAUCUAUGGAGAUGGAAAUGUUAAAGCAAUCUAUAUGGAUGAAGACGAUGUAGCAACAUACACGAUUAAGUCCAUUGAUGAUCCUAGUACACUGAACAAGACAUUGUACCUUCGACCACCAGAAAACAUCCUUACUCAAAUGCAGCUAGUCGAAAAAUGGGAGAAGCUUACAGGAAAAAUGCUAGAGAAAAUCAGCAUUUCUGCAGAAGACUUCUUAUCUAAGAUAAAAGGGGCAGAUUUUGUUGAACAAGUAGCAUUGGGGCAUUUCUAUCACAUUUUCUAUGAAGGAUGCUUAACAAACUUUGAAAUAGGGGAGAAUGGGGCAGAAGCCUCAGAACUUUAUCCUGAAGUUCGGUAUACUCGAAUCCAAGAAUACUUAAAGCGUUAUCUCUAA